AUGCUAACACGAAAGCUUGCUGAAACCGAGUUGAUCAUGUCGAAGGAUCCUCUGACGGGUGUGAAGAAGUGGCGGGUGUACGCUGUUGCGGCGCAUGCGGUCGAAUUCUGGCAAGGAGAGGCCAGUCGCCUUCACAAACGGCUGCAGUAUGUGCACGAUGAUAAGGAGGGCAAAUGGGAGAAGCAAUUUCCUUUGGCCCUGAAGAAAGUGGCGCUCUUUAAUCAGCCAGUUGUCUCUGUACAUGCGACAGACGAGACCAAUUGUUGA